AUGAGCAUUCCACUGACCAUAGCGUUGACUUACGACCUGAAGUCAGACUACGAUUGUCAUGCGUUCACGAAAGAGGACCUCGCAGAGCUCGACACCGAAGAAGGCAUCUCCGCCAUUGAGAGCGCUUUGCAAAACUGCGGGCACAAGACCGUCCGUGUCGGUAACCUGACACUCCUGGUGGCUGCUUUGUCCAAAAAUGAGCACAAAAACUGGGAUCUGGUCUUCAAUAUGUGCGAAGGCAUGCACGGGAGUGCUCGAGAAGCCCAAGUACCGACACUGCUCGAAGCAUACCAGAUACCAUGCACUUUCUCAGAUGCUCGCGUGCUUGGUAUCAUACACGACAAAGCCCUCACCAAGACAGUUCUACAGCAGCAUGAUCUACCCACAGCAGCUUUCACGGUGAUACCGGCGAACGAGCACUUUCCAGGCUGGUCGGCAUCGGAAUGGCUGUCGAAACUUCGAGGAUUUCGAGACCAUCAAACAUUCCCGGUCCUGUUUCUCAAGCCUAAUUCAGAAGGCUCUUCGAAGGGUGUGUAUGACUUCUCGAGAGUCAGUACGCCUGAGGAGGCCAAUGCUUCCGUCAAAAGGCUCAGGUCGAUGUCGCCAAAAACGGACAUACUUGUGGAAGAAUGGCUUGGUGGGCGAGAGUUCACUGUCUCUUUGCUGGGAGGUCAAGCCAAUGCCCAGGUGCUGGGUACGAUGGAGGCGGUCUGGCAUGCCUCUAGCAUCGGCUUCUGGAGCUGCCACUUGAAGAAUGAGACUGUAAACGGUCAGGGCUAUACGCAGCCCCUGGUUAGAAGUACAGACGAUCCCUUGGUUGCGCAAGUCGAGAGCGUGGCCCUGCAAGCUUGGAAGCUGAUUGGGUGUCGGGAUGCAGGUCGCGUAGAUGUACGAUGCAAAGGCUCGGGAGCUGAUGCAAAGCCAUACAUCAUUGAGAUCAACGCUUUGGCAGGACUGACGCCUAAUUACUCCCAGCUUCCCGAAACUGCCGAGCAUGUGGGAAUGAAGCACCAUGAAUUAAUCGAAACGAUCGUGGAGAGUGCAAGAAAACGAACCGUAGCACAGGUGCAAUCGAUUGCGUAA